AUGGAAUUCUUCACCGAAAAGAAUCUUGAUCCAAUCGAAAUAUUUGAAUGGCUGACCUUGCACAAAGAUCAAGGAGAAAAUCGAUGUCUACUUGCGGUCUUUUACGAAUAUGGAAUCGGCACUUUUAUACACGAAGACUCUGCAUUCAAAAAUUAUAAAUUGGCUGCAGAGGAAGGAGAUACCUUAGCUCAAGCAUUUCUUUCGCUUUGUUAUUGUUACGACAUGGGAAUUGGAACAGCAGUCGACAGAGUAAAAGCAUUCGAAUGGUACGAGAAAGCCGCAAUUGGAGGCUCAGUCGCCGCCCAAUGUAACUGUGGAAACUGCUUGUUGGAAGGCCGCGGAGUACAAGAAAAUGUAAGGAAUGCUUAUAUCUGGUACCGGAAAUCUGCAAAUGGUCUAUAUCAUAAAGCGGAACAUAUGUUGGGAUAUUGUCACGAGUUUGGAGUUGGGACGCUGUUGGAUAUUCAUCAGGCGAUUAUUUGGGGUAGGAGAGCACUGAAAAAUGGAAAUGUGGAUGCAAAGGUUUCAAUAGACAAUAUUUUUACGUUGUCUGGUUUCGUGGAAUAUUAA